CGCCCCGUACGUACUACAUUCCUAGGUAUCAACAAUGGCGGUACGACCGAUACUCGUACGAUAUGUUGCGAUAGCACCACGGACUACCGGUGCAUGGCUCUCGAACRCCGCUUUCUCAUAAUUUCUCAAGCAGAAUCACACAAAUCAAAUUUUCCAACUAAUUUACAAUGAAGUCCGCCAUCUUUGCCUCCCUUAUCGCUUCGGCCGCCGCCUUUGCCCCUGCCAACAAGGCUGCCACUUCCACCGCCGUUAAGGCCUUCGAAGAUGCCCUUGGAUCCCAGCCUCCUCUUGGAUUCUUYGAUCCUUUGGGACUUGUUGAAGACGGUGACCAAGAAAAGUUCGACCGUCUCCGAUACGUUGAAAUCAAGCACGGACGUAUUUGUAUGCUUGCCUUCCUUGGACAGAUCACCACCCGAUACGGAGUCCACCUUCCUGGAGACAUCGAUAUGUCCGGUGACUCCUUCGACUCCUUCCCCAACGGAUGGGCCGCUAUUGCUGGACCUGAUGCCAUCCCUUCGGCYGGACUUGCCCAGAUUGUUGCCUUCGUUGCCGCCCUUGAACUUGGUGUCAUGAAGGACAUCGAGGGAACCGGAAACGAGUUCGUUGGUGACUUCCGUAACGGAUCCCUUGACUUCGGAUGGGACACCUUCGACGAGGAGACCCAGCUUUCCAAGCGUGCCAUCGAGCUCAACAAYGGACGUGCUGCCAUGAUGGGAGUUCUCGGACUCAUGGUCCACGAACAACUCGGAGGAUCCGUCCCAAUCGUUGGAGAACUCUAAAUACGCCAGUCUCCCAUUCUGACUGCCCAUGAUUUGAUGUGACCCUUAGCKUGUGGCGUCACAUUUUCUAUGGAAUUCUACCGGUUGAGAUACGCAAACACUAGACUUGUAAAUAGUACUGCGCAAAAUAGAUUUGUUGUUACUCC